AUGGCGGAGUACCUGGCUUCCAUUUUCGGCACAGAGAAAGAUAAGGUCAAUUGCUCUUUCUACUUUAAAAUUGGAGCAUGUCGUCACGGCGAUCGGUGUUCAAGAUUGCACAAUAAACCAACGUUCAGCCAGACCAUUGCCCUCUUGAACAUUUACCGUAACCCUCAAAACUCUGCCCAGUCUGCUGAUGGUUUACACUGUGCUGUCAGCGAUGUGGAAAUGCAGGAGCACUAUGACGAGUUCUUUGAGGAGGUCUUCACUGAGAUGGAGGAGAAAUAUGGAGAGGUGGAAGAGAUGAACGUGUGUGAUAAUUUGGGCGAUCAUUUGGUGGGAAACGUUUAUGUGAAAUUCCGUCGUGAGGAGGACGCAGAAAAAGCAGUGAUGGACCUGAACAACCGCUGGUUUAACGGGCAGCCCAUUCACGCCGAGCUCUCGCCGGUGACAGACUUCAGAGAAGCCUGCUGUCGUCAGUACGAGAUGGGGGAGUGCACUAGAGGCGGUUUCUGUAACUUCAUGCAUCUGAAGCCCAUCUCGCGGGAGCUCCGCAGGGAGCUGUAUGGACGCCGCAGGAAAAGGCACCGCUCGCGUUCACGUUCUCGCGAACGCCGCUCUCGUUCCCGGGAACGCGGCCGCCGUGAUCGCGAGAGGCGGAGGUCAAGAGAUCGGGAACGUUCUGGAAGAUUCUGAGCCCACGUCACAAGUCAAACCCAUCUUCCUUCUUCCUGUUAGCAGUGGUCAUGAUCAAACAAUGACCAAAAUGUGUUUUGAACCAUUGGACUUAUCACUGUAAUUGUUUUUUUCUUCUUGUCCUUUU